CAGCUUUCCUCAAAUAUCUGCCUUUCGUCCGUCACCAACUAUCCUACAUCACUUAUCUACGCACACGCUCAUUUUCAAUUCCACUCCUUUCAAUCUCUUUCUCUCUCGAUCGGGCUACCAAUGACUGUCCCGCCACUGCCAGGCCGUCCGGUGGAAGUUCUCGAAACGUCAUCUACGCAACUACAGAAAGUCGUUCAAGAACUGGGCGUCUCAUUCGGUGUGAUUCUUCUCGUGUUGGGGCUAGCGAGGGCAGCGGAGGCUGGGUGGCGAGUCGUUGUGACGAUCCGAAGGCGCAGUUCUGAGGUGCGUGUUGGCUUACCGUGACAUGCUCGCUUCGUCCGAGUCGCUUUACACUCACUGCCAGGGAAAUCCGGGGGACUUGGAAUCCAGCUGUCCUAUUCUUCCAAAUUGCUCGGAUUCUGAAUCAAAACUCGCGUCUGCCUUUGCCUGGUCGCGUCUCAUUGCACAUCCGCAUCCACCGCUCGAUCUUCGCGUUACUUCUGUGAGAAUCAAGCCCCCUAUACCUUCGGACGCUCGGACUGUCUCCUUGUAUCCGCACUCACUGCUGGCGCCGCAUCUCGAACACAUCUCUGCUCCCAGGCGACACGCAGCAAAACAUCGCUGUCGGCCUUGCUCACAGCCGUAUAGGAGACCUGGCCCGUCUCCACUGCGUCAUGGCUGGACGUGUGCAAUACCGAUCAAGGAGCGCAAGACCCGGCGGCUCUUUGGAUUCGGCGCGGGACUGAGACGCAACAAGGAAAAUGAGAUCCCGUUCAAUGCAGCUCUGUUUUCAAGCAAGAACGACACUAUUUCCGCUACCGAUCAAUUUUAUGGCGCUGUCGAUCUGGAGCAUUUCCAAUUCAAUCAUCUACUGCCACCGGCCAUAGGCAUGGAAGAUCGUGAAUUCGACUUAGGCUUGCCCAUCAUCUCAGAUUUCUAGCUGUACUUAGAAAUUCCCGAAUAAAGUUUGUGUAGAAAUAGUGUUCAUGAUAAAAACGUCACCUGCAAUGUGCCGGGUAUUCAAUGCAGUGAAGAGUUUCCGAACGAAACUGAACAUACUAGAAAUGGUCCCCACUCUUUUCGCAGUGAUGAACUCCUCGGCUGCGUCCCACACAUCCCGGCAGGUGCGACAGAAGGAUGCCUGAUUGCUGCCGUCUCGAAUACCUCCCGCUCGAUCUCAGGAGGAAGGACGGGUAUCAUGUGUUAGGGGGACACGGCUGAGCGCGAAGCACUGGAGGACGAGGAUCCGAUUCUGGACGAUGUGAUUCAGAAUCAAUCAGCAAUCUGGCCGGAUCCAGCUUCCAGCAUGAAACCGCAACCACCGACCGAAAUAACUGAAUAGAGGACACCUACAUGUAUACAAGUCGCGGAACAUACGCUCAUGAGCGGUGUACAUCGAAACGUUAGAACAAGCCUCAAGUUUGGCGGCAAGUAUCAAUCAGGAUCUGCGUGAUGAGAGGAGCUGUCAAACGUUUCGGCCGGCAAUAAAUCAUUCUCGUCUCCUCUACUCAUCUCACCGCCAGUAGUGCACUGCAUAUCUCACAGACUGCGCCGAACAUACAAGUAGUCACCCAUCCGCCGCUCAACGCCGCCUUCUCGUGCGCAUGACGAUAUACGCACGGCACCAACCGGUGCGAGGCAGUGCCUCCACAUUUCUCACCAGGUCUGCAAGUUCCGUCGCGCACAGCCCAACAAAGUUCGGCCUGAGAUCACUGUUCAUCUUCCAUCGAAGAAGCCCCUCCCUGACAGAAAGCUUGCCUGCCUGCCCUGCCUGCCCUGCGACGGGAUGACUGGGGAUAAGUGCCCGACUCGGGUGGAGUCAGUCCUAUUUAUAUUGCCCCUGCGCCUUCUGACUGCAGUAUGCCGGCCAAACGCCCCACCAUCCGCAUCGUCUACGCGCGCCCACUCGCUCUGGACGAGUCAUUGUCGAAAGUGACUCCCUUCCCCGCUCGAAGCGAGCCGUCCAUCACUCAUGCGUGCGAAUGGACCGCCACCCGCUCCGAGGUGUCGCUGCCCGAGUGUGCCGCGUUAUCUCCACUACGCAAACACGACUUGUACGACUGGGCGGAGCGGGGCGAUGAGAUUGCGAGUAGCGAGCCAUCGACGAUGAGGCGGAUGAGCACGAAGCGAAGGCGACGGGAGCCGCCGCUCGUUUCGCUUGGAUGGAGGAUUGUCCUUCCUGGGGCCCUCUACACGCUGCUGUCUGCAUCGUCUGCGACGGGAACGUUGUUGUAUUUGAUGCUGCGAGGAACGCACGGCGAGGAAAACGUAUUCUAUUUGAAAGAGGAUGGGUCUCGAGCGUCGUUGAGGCUGUUGCUGUGGACGACAAUCAUGUCGAAUGUCGUGUCGUUCGUGGGGUGUCCAUUGCUCAUCGGGCUCGCGGCUUACUGGCUCGCCGCGGCCAGCGUCAAAUUCCAGCAGCAGCCUGAUACAAAUGCCCCGGAUGAGUCCCAUCUCAUGACUCCCCUGCAAUACGGGCUGCUUCUGAAACUGUUCGCCUCGCCAUCUCCGCGCUCUGUUCUCGAAGUUGCAGGCUAUCUGCAACAUCGGCGCACUCGCGUUGGAGCGCCGGGGUUCUUUGCCCAGGGUGCGUUGCUCGUCGGUGGUAUUCUUUCUAUAGGUCAUCUCCUGAGUUUGACCGACAUUUGGCUUCACGUGACAUCGUAUACGGUUUCCGUUCCUCUUACGCAGCAGCUUUACGCCUGCUAUCCAUUCAUUCCAACGCUCGCAUACAUCGUUCUGCUCUAUCUUCAUUCGGGUCUCGCACUGGGGUUGACUUUUGUCGUUGCGAUGCUACGCUCUCCCCCUGUCUCGUCUGGGAGUGAUGACGAAGCUCUUGCCGAAACGGUCGUGUACCCCGGACCAAGGCUUCCCACACUCGUAGAACUAACUCACCUCCAUCUGACGGAUCCUCUGGCGUCCGUUGCCGCCCGUCUGUCGGGCCGUCGCACCCAGCCAUCCACAUCGGGACGGGCGCUGUUUGUCGAAGACGUCAACACCGCGCGCGUGAUGUUCGGCUUCUGGGAGCAGGAGACGGGGCGGCUGAUAGAUGGCAAGCGCAAGAGUCGCUGGGGAGAUGCCAGUCACGAUCGUGUAUUCGGCGUAUACAAGGAGAUCGUGCCGUGGAAGGGCGAAAUAUAUUGAUUUGUGCAACAUGGGAGCAUCCGCCGGGAUGCGCGUGAUGACAGUGGGAUUCUUGUGGGGGCAUAUCAGGGCUGGGAAUCCUGAUCGUCUACCGGCGAAGGUGCAGAUCCAGUUUCAGCAGGAGAGAAACCUGGAUGAUGGCGUAAGCGUGGAUUGUUGGGAGCUCCAAUCCUUUGGGUGCAUAGCGGAAAGCACAUGCGCGUUGAGGACUGACUGGGUGUCCCGCGAUUCCGAUCUUGUUCUCAGCCAAGCAACGAUAGAUGAAAAAGCACGUUGCCUGCUUUGAAGUUGGAACCACCACAAAACGAAGACGGAAGUUGAACGACGUUCGCAUUGGAGUACAGAAAACAGCCGCCCAUUGCAUCGUUGCAAUGGCAUAGAUUUGUGAGCAAGUUUCCCUAAAAAGCGACACGAGUGCGAUUCGAACACACGCGGGCAAAGCCCAACCGCUUAGCAGGCGAUC